ACAAUCAAAGCUAAUCAUGUCUCCUGCCUCAGCACGACGGUAGAAUGGGACCACAGAAUCGGGCUGUCUUCCUCAGCGCGGCGCGAGGGGUCAUCAUGAGGAAGCCACGAGGAGCUGUGGGAGGUGGCCACAGGAAGCAGACAGCUUGCAAGAAGCGACGAGAACAACACUCCCUCAAUAGCAGCCAGACCAAACCUUCUGCCCCUGAUGCCUGCAAGGGGAGAAUCUCUGAGUGUCCUGAGGCCCUGACAGGCCCAGCUGGACAGCAUGAAGAGGCCAUGUCGCAGACUUCCAUCUCCCCGCACCACCAAUUCAAAGACCCAGCUGAAGUCCUAGCCUUCCGUGGGAACCUGCUGACCUGGUACGACCGAGAGAAGCGGGACCUGCCCUGGAGAAGACUGGCAGAGGCUGAGGUGGACCUGGACAGGCGGGCAUAUGCUGUGUGGGUCUCUGAGGUCAUGCUGCAGCAGACUCAGGUUGCCACGGUGAUCAGCUACUAUACGCGAUGGAUGCAGAAGUGGCCAACACUGCAGGACCUGGCCAGUGCAUCCCUGGAGGAGGUGAACCAGCUCUGGGCCGGCCUGGGCUACUAUUCUCGGGGCAGGAGGCUACAGGAGGGAGCUCGGAAGGUGGUGGAGGAACUCGGGGGCCACAUGCCACGAACGGCAGAGACACUGCAGCAGCUCCUUCCAGGUGUGGGGCGCUACACAGCUGGGGCCAUAGCUUCCAUUGCCUUUGGCCAGGCAACCGGUGUGGUGGAUGGGAAUGUGGUGCGGGUGCUGUGCCGUGUCCGAGCCAUUGGUGCUGACCCCAGUAGCACUCCUGUUUCCCAACAGCUCUGGAGCUUUGCCCAGCAGCUGGUGGACCCAGUACGGCCAGGGGACUUCAACCAAGCAGCCAUGGAGCUGGGGGCCACAGUGUGCACCCCGCAGCGCCCACUCUGCAACAGGUGCCCUGUGCAGCACCUGUGUCAGGCACACCAAAGGGUGGAGCAAGAGCAGCUGUGUGCUUCACCAAGGCUGCCAGGCAGCCCUGAGAUAGAGGAGUGUGCUGUCAACACUGGACAGUGCCAGCUGUGCCUGCCUCCUUCAGAACCCUGGGACCCGACCCUGGGAGUGACCAACUUUCCCCGAAAGGCCAGCCGCAGGCCCCCCAGAGAGGAGUGUUCUGCCACCUGUGUCAUAGAGCAGCCCAAGGCCCUCGGGGGUGGCCGCAUGCUGCUGGUCCAGAGGCCGCACUCGGGUCUGCUGGCCGGACUGUGGGAAUUCCCAUCUGUGACCCUGGAGCCCUCAGGGCAGCAUCCGCGCCAGGCACUGCUACAGGAACUGCAGAGCUGGGCUGGGCCCCUCCCUGCCGCUUGCCUCCGGCACCUCGGGAAGGUGGUCCACACCUUCUCUCACAUCAAGCUGACAUAUCAAGUGUACGGCCUAACCCUGGACAGCGAUACUCUGGCAACCACCACACCACCUGGCGCCCGCUGGCUCACCCGGGAGGAGUUUUGCACCGCAGCCGUCUCCACAGCCAUGAAAAAGGUUUUCCGUGUAUAUGAAAGUCAGAAGCCAGGCACCCGCCAGGGCUCCAAAAGGUCCCUCGUGUCCACUCCACUCAGCCAGAAGAGGCCCAGCAAGGGCCAGCAGGUCCUGGAUGGUUUCCUCAGGCCACAUCGCCUCAACAGUGCAGCCCCGUGAUGCCUCUGGAAGCCCCGCCCCCCGAAUGCUGUUGUUGAAAUAAAUAAAGUGCCUUUUUAAA